GUUACCAAUGACACAGGAACUGAGCUUUCAAAAAUUUAUUGAACAAUCUGACUUACUAGAAGAACUUCAGUAUGACUUCAAUGAAAAAACUGAUUUGAGACACAUCGAGACACAAAGGCCUUUUGUCUUUAAUUAUUAUAAAAAUGUCCCUGAGAGAAAUAGCAAGCGCUACCAGGCCCUUGGCCAUUUGCUUGAAAAAUACUUGUAUGAGCUUUUGGAGAAAGUGUGCAAAUUACAAAAAGUAUACAUCACACCAGAGGCUGAUAAGGAAUCAAGAAGCUUCUUUUUUUAUGAGUGAGAGAGCAUUAACAAAUCAUCAUUCUGCUCUUCUUGUCCUUCUUCAGGACCAGGGGGUCCUUCGAGCUGGUCAAUGGAGUCAGCAGGCAAUAAUAUAUCAUGGUCUACAACAUGGAAGUCAGAUCCCAUGUAUUCAAAUGGCAUUGCAGGCACAUUAUGAUGUAAUUGUGUUAAACCCCAAUGACAAUUUUGUGGACCUAAAAAUGGCAAAAGAGCGGAAAGGGCUUUUACCACAAAAUAUUGAUUCCUCUUCCCUAAAAAUGGUUCAAACUGAGAGCUUUUCCUCUCUCCAACAGCCUCUCCAAUGUAUUCCAAAAGGAUGCAGCAACACCCCCGAAGAACACAUGACUUACAUUUGGGAUUACUUCAUUUCAAAGAUUGAAGACAAGAAUGUUGCCUUCAUUGUACAUGGUUAUGGAGGCUUGGUUUUUAUGGACUUGCUUGUUCGUAGGAAGUGGGAAGUAAUGAACAAAGUAUAUGCGGUUGCACUUAUUGACUCUCAACAUCAUGCAGGACACCAGCUGGGAAGUGAUGUACAGUUAUCAACAUGGAUAAAGCACCACUGCCAGGAAUGGGUGACAAGUCCUAAGCCUUUGAAUACACCUGCAGCUACCGUUUUGAAAAAAGAGUUUCCUAUGGUUUCUGCUGGCACUGAAAACCAUGACUUAGCCAUUUCCUCCAGCCUUCAGUCCAUUUUUAAAUACUUUAAAAAAGCUCUGAAAGCCAAAACAACUAUUAAUUUCUCUCAGGUGCCAAUGGUAACUAGAAGCUCCACAAAAAUAAAUCAAAGUGCUUAAUUUACUUUUUUGUCAUGUAUAAUAUUUUUGUCCCACUGAAACUUUGCUAAUGUAGAUACUAGAAGAAAAGGAACACUUCUAGCUCAAACACAGUAUUAUACUCUGUAUUAAUGUUUGAUUUGUUA